UGCACGAUGAAAGACCUCAGUUCCUGGCGAAAUUGUUGAUCCCCUCAGGUGCCUCGGUAUUAGCCGUCGAAAAAAACCGGCAUUUCCCGCCCUUCAUUUGAUAUUCCCCUUCCUAAAUAUCGCAUUCUUCCGAUUGCGCUGCAGAUGUCCGCCUAUCAAUUCUUGUCUGCCCGACUUAUAUAGAAUAACGCUGUGCUUCACCCAGAUCAUUUCCCAGACCUAUGUAUGCGCGGGGCACGAACCACACCCGUGCACCACGCGAUAUCGUGCGCUUUGGUUGGCCAACUCAGUCAAAAUCUUCUCACGGGCCCGAAAAGACCAUCGAUUCAACAACAAAUCCACAUGUUUGGCGCCGCCUCUAACCGUGCCGUUUCUUCGAGCUUGCGGUCACGUGCCACCCGGUCGCUUGUGUCGUCGGCCCGCGUUUUCAACGCGCCCGUGACGCAGCCCGGGAAACCGGUGACCUCCCAGGCGGUCAAGAGCGACCCUCUUGGUGUACCUCAUGCCCCAAAAAACGCUCACAAUGGCGUGAAACCCGAGGUCAAGGCAAAUGUACAGGAAAACAACAAGCAGCAGGUCCCCCCCAAGAAGCUGUUUUCGAUUUUCGGCCUUUUGUGGAAGGCUGCGCUUGCUGCGUCGGUGGUCUAUGGGGGUACCAUGUAUGCGGCCACGAAAAACGACCGGGUCAUGGAUUUCGUCAUUGACAAGCAGUUGCCCUACUACGAGGAAUUGGUCGAUUUGAUUGAGAACGGGUCCGUGGCCGAGCUCCAGGCCCUUUGGACUAAAUUGUCGAAAAACGUGUCUCUCCCCUCCAAGGGUGCUAUUGAGGAAUUGACCCAAAAGAUCGAGCAGCAAGGCGAGCAGUUGAUUGAAGAAACUAAAAAGAAGUUGUCUCACGCCCAAAACUCGCUUCCCUCUGAACAAUUGCAGAAAAGCGUAGGUAUCGAGACUGUCCCCGGAAAGAUCGAGAAGAUCCCGUUUGUGGCAUUGAACGACAGUAUUUCCGGCCUUGCUGACGACUCUGUUAAGGCCACUAUCAGAUCGUUCAACGAAAUGCUUGAGUUGCUCGACGGUAGCAACCUUGGCCCAAAGAAAGAUGCCAUGGUCAAGAAGAUCAGUGAAAACAUCAGUGCGUUAUCCCAGAAACUUGCAGCUUUGAACAACUCGUUUGAGAAAGAAUUGGAAACCAGAUUGAAGGACACCAAGACGCAGUUGCUCACUUCUCACACGCAGAAAGAGUUGGAGUUGACCCAGACUUUGUUGGACCAGUACAGUCAGGAGAAAUCUAUCUUGGAGAAAAAGUACAAGGAGAGGCUUUCGAGUGAGGUGACAGCUGCUGAAAAAGCGCUCAGCCAGGCGGCGAUCAAUGCCAUCACCAUGGUGAGAAUCGAACAAACUAAGCGGUUCGAGAAGAUGGUGAAGAAGAAGAUUGACGAAGAGAGAAACGGAAGAUUGAAGAAUUUGGAUGCGCUCUCCUCUAGAUUGGAGGAGGUGGAAAAGUUUGCGCUUGGCUUGGAACAACAGGUCUCGUCGAUCAAAUCCAAGACGUUCAUCCAGCGUGCUUCCGCCAAGUUGAAGUCUCUUUUGACGCAGACCCCAGAGGAUGCUCCUGCCCAAAGCUUCACCCCGUUUGUGGACAACUUGCAAACCGUCUCAAGCAAAGCCAGCGACGAGGUGAUUACAUUGGCACUCGAUGAGUUGAAGCCUUUGCUCAAGAACGAAAGCACGCAAUCGAUCUUGACGGUGCCUCAAUUGUUGACUGCUUGGGAGCAGCUUACGCCUGAGUUGAGAUCUGCAUCCUUGUUGCCACCCAACGCAGGCUUGUUGGGUCACAUGGCUUCCAUCUUCUUCUCCAAGUUGUUGAUGCCUGUGAAAGGCGCCAAACCUGACGGCAAAGAUAUUGAGUCUGUAAUUGGAAGAGUUGAGCAGAGCUUAGUGCGUGGAGAAUUGGACUCUGCCGUUGAGGAGGUUGCUAACUUGAAGGGCUGGACAAGGAAAUUGGCAGACGAUUGGGUGAGAGAGGGCAGAAAGAGAUUGGAGGCCGAGUUUUUGAUUGAUUUGAUCGACGCGGAGACGAAGGUAUUGUAAGUACGCCAGAGGAUUUUGAACUUCAUGUAGAUGAACUAUGAAUAACAUGUAUAAAAAAAGUUUUUAGGGAUCAGGAAUUUCCCUGGAAGCGGUUGUAUUUUGAGUGCAGACUACGAAGGCGGGAUUCCAAAAUUGAACUCUUAAAUCAAGACAUUCUAAACAGCAUGAGGCGAGUGGGAGAUAGUGGCUAGAUGGUAUUACAUGGCUCAUCAUAGAAUUGAGUACUUGCCCUUACUGACUGGUAUCAGGAUCAGACUCAGGGCUUUGAGAAAUCGUUUAAUGUAAAGUUGACGUGUUCCACAGUUUAGUUUCAAGAAGAUUACACGCUGAGAUGUCUACCAUGCAUAUGUGUCAGAGGAACAAAAAAAUGACUUGAUUCUGUGUAUUGCCUGUGAGGUCGCCGUGCAUUGUCCAAAUUAGCUUUCCGAAAUAAUCAACAGCAAAUAUGUGAAGCCAUUAAGUUAAGCUGAAGUAAGUAUACGUAUGA